CCAGAUCUGCAUGAGAAGGUAAUAUAGUUGUAAAUAUAGUUUGCUUCUAAACAAUUUCAUGUAACGAUGUUUGAAAAACUAUCGGUAAUAUCGUUCGAUCACUGAGGAGCCGAUCGAGAAUGUUGGAACAAGCUAUGCGAAUUCGUGUGAUUAAAUAAUUUGACGAUAGUAUUUAUUUCUAUCAAUACCGGACGUGUUGCCAUAUUUGCGCGAUCAGCAAGUGGCGAUUAUAUACCGCCACAGUGCCGCGGUAGAUCGCAAAAAGAAAUUCUAUCUCUUGAGCCCGCGUCUUCUGCGCAUUUCUUAUCUCCUUCUGACUACUCGGACAGUCAGCGUGAUGUCUUGCUUUCUUCGAUGGUUCCUAUGCAAGUUCCAGGAGACACCGCGCGGUGAAAUAAAAGCAAUAUGGCGGAGUUGACAGAAAAUCUGUGUUUGUGGGUGUAUUAUUUUAAAUGAAAGCUAAGUGCCGGAUUAUUAAGCCGAACCUGAUUUUUAACAGAUAUUUAUGCGGAUCAGACAUUAUUGCUGGCUAAAUAUUCUGUGCAAACCGGAUUGAGGUGUCAACCGUACAUAAAACUAUUAUAUGCGGUAAAUGCGACCUUCAUAGGUUGCAUUAUUUAUUCAUGGUGGUUACCAUCAUCUGUGGCUCAACUUGUUAGCCAAAUUUCAAAGGAUGUCUUCUAACCAAGGAAAGAUGCGAGGCCCAGGUCGACCGCCAAAGCAAAAGAGUUCUUGUACGUGGUGCGGGGAAACAAAGCAACCUCUGAAAUAUGUCCUCCCAACGCAACAUGGGAAGAAAGAAUUCUGCUCAGAAACCUGCUUGUCCGAGUGCCGAAAGGCUUACAUCCGAGGUGCCUGCGUACAAUGUGAUAAUGUAAUCAGAGGGACUCCUGUUAGGCUGGAACAGCGGGAUACUCCUGCCAAAGAUUUCUGCUCCUCUUUUUGUCUUAAUAAACAUCAGAAAAAAGAAGCAGAUUCUAGAAAAAACAAUGGAGAGCAACCGUCACCUGCAGCUUCUCCGGCACCAUCUGGUUUGCCAAGUGGAAGCAGCACCCCUACAACGACACAAUCGUAUACCAGCACAAACAGUCAGCCGAUAGUAUCUCAACCUCCCUCAACUUCAGCUGGCCCUUUUCAAUACGAAAUGUAUCAGACGUUUGAUUGGGAUCUAUAUCUCAAAGAAACCAAUAGCGUUGCCGCACCCAUUGAGUGCUUUAAGCAGCACGAAAUUCCACCGACAAAUGAAUUUAAAAUGGGAAUGAAACUUGAAGCACUAGACCCUCGUAACUUGACAUCAACUUGUAUUGCAACAGUAGUGGGAGUACUGGGUCCAAGAUUAAGAUUACGUCUAGAUGGUUCAGACAACAAAAAUGAUUUUUGGCGGUUGGUAGAUAGUAAUGAAAUCAACCCUAUUGGUCAUUGCGAGAAAUCAGGUGGAAUGCUUCAACCACCGUUGGGUUUUCGCAUGAACGCAUCCAGUUGGCCGAUGUUUCUUCUGAAAACACUAAAUGGUGCAGAAAUGGCUCCUGCUAAAGUUUUUAAAAAAGACCCAAAAACACCACGCUGCAAUCUCUUCCAAGUAGGACACAAGCUGGAGGCCAUUGAUAAAAAGAAUCCUCAACUCAUAUGUUCGGCAACGGUUGGAGCUGUUAAAGAUGAUCUUUUUCACAUUACAUUUGAUGGUUGGAGGGGUGCUUUUGACUAUUGGUGUCGUUAUGAUUCAAGAGACAUAUUUCCUGCCGGCUGGUGUUUCAAAAGUGGACAUCCCUUACAACCUCCUAGACAGAAUUCAGGACAAAAUAGAUUCAAGUCGAGAACAAGUAAUGUUAUGCCAGUUGUUGCUGUAUCGGGUACAGGAGCUGGAGGUGAACCCGCAGUAGCUUUAGUUAGCCCUGCUGGGUCAAGCGCGCCCCCUCAAACAGCUACAGAGCCAGAUACCAGCACUUCAAAUACCAAAACUCGUCAAUUCGAGAAUGUUAUGAUGUGUGUAAACCACAAUUGUUCGUGUGGCCCUUAUUUUGAUCCUCGAAAGGUCAAAGCCAUGCCAGCGCAGUUUGGCUCAGGGCCGAUGCUUAGUGUGACAAGAGACAUUUUCCAAGCUUUGUUAAUGGCUGCAAUUAGUCCGCGACAAAUGCUAAGUUUGUUAAAACGAGGUGAGGGAGAGUGCAUUAAUCUAACUCUUGAGAGCAAACCGACCUCUGUGAGGUUACCAGUGUUCUUAGAAGAAGAAGAUUUCUAUACUUACAUCAGGCGACAACUCGAGGACUUAUGCGCCUGCGAACAUAUGCUGUUCAGGCGAAAAGAACAGUGUACCAAAUGUCCUAUCCAACAACCGCCGUUAAGUAAAAGGGAGGAAUCUAACGGUACUGCUGAAAAAAGGAGGUGGUCUUCUGACAGCCAGCAAAAUCCUACAACUACUGCGUCUCCCCUGCAAUCCAGUCCUGGCCCCAUUGCCACAAAUAUACCAACAUCUCCCACGACAGCCAAGCAACCAAGAAAGCCUGUUCUUGAAUUAGAAGCAGCUACAUCUACGACACAAUCCGAGAGCCCAGCUAGUAGGAUAUCCACCACUGAGCCUGCAGAGUGGACCAUAGAAGAUGUGAUCCUGUACAUAGCUGCUAUAGAUCCUGCAUUGGGUCAGCAUGCAGAUCUCUUCAGAAAGCACGAAAUUGACGGAAAGGCACUGUUGCUUCUGAAUUCGGACAUGAUGAUGAAAUACAUGGGUUUGAAGUUGGGCCCAGCUUUGAAAAUUUGUAAUCUUGUAAAUCGCAUAAAAGGUCGAAGACAUCUGAUGCUGUGACCUGAUCAAACACGUACAGACAAAUAAGGUUGAAAUAACAUUUUACAUUUGAGUCUAAUAAUCAACUCUUCAUUUACUACCUAUUUCAACAUUCUAUUCAUAAAAACAAUGCAUAGAUCUUAUGGAACAAAAAGAAAAAUUCUCUUGAAAGUUAUUUAACACAUUGUAGAUGUGACUGUUUUAUUUACUUCUGAAAUAAGUAUUAGUCUGGAUGAGUUCAACAUCGCAUUUCAGAAAUAUCAAAAUUUUCCUGGAGAAAAUACCAAAUUAGAUAAAUUCAAACAUAACGUAUUGUAUGUACAGUUAAAUUUAUCGUUUAUUAGAUACAUUUUUUUUAUAUGUAAAAAUAAUAUCAUAAUUGGUCAGUAAAAAAUACAGUCCAAAGUCUGGUAUCAAGAUGCACAGAUGUCCAUCUCGAAAGUUAUAAGAAUGUGACAUAGAAUCAUUCGUUUAUACGCUCAUAUAAGUUGAUGAACAGUAGUAAGAAUAAUUAGGAUCACAAAUUUCUUAACUUUCUACUUUGCACUAUAUGUGUACAUAAGCUGAAAACACUGCAUUUAUUAUUAUAAGGAUAAAAAUUAGACGCAGGGUUGUUCUAACGAAAUCUCAUAAUCUCCAUCCUUUCCUUUGUAACAAUGAAGAUACAGUUAGACUGUAAUCACAAGUGUGAUUAUUCAUUGGUGGUGAACCCUACGAAGAAAUAUCAUGACGUAUGUAUUCUACAUACAAUUAAAAUAUGCCAAGAACUUAGUUCAGUUGCACAAAAAAACCGAAUUGAGUUCAUUUUUACAAGCAUAAUGUCAAAUUUUGGCUCAGCAGGUAUUGAAGAAAAUAUAUACUUCUUUUAUGUAUCAGUUAUGAAAGCGUAAGUAGAGUGUAACUUUUAAUAGUUCAAAUUUAAGAAAUAUGUGGUUUAAUAUUAGUAUAGUUCUCUUACUAGAUAUGGUAAGCUUAGGGUUGAUAUUGACUUGAAUGUAUCGCACUAUAUCUUUUGAUUUGAUUGAACGUGGUUAAAGAACUAAAGAUGUUGUGCAUUGAGCACUUUGUUAAAAUAUCCUAAUCAAAAUGUAAAAACAUGCUGUAAAAAUGUGAAUAGACGAAACUGAUAUCGCAAAUA